AAAUUAGACGGAUAGAAACUUGAUUGAAAUGAAAAUGUCGCUGUCAAAUUUGCCAAUGUUUACACAUUUAACUAAAGCUUUCAUAAUAAUUUUAUAGUAAGUUGUAAUAUUCAUUUUGAUAAAUAAUGUUUUCGGAUGACGGUUACCUGGGCUGCCCAAAUGGAGUACAGGAUCUUAUAAGUUUGAAUACUAGACUGAACUCUAAAGUGAUAGAGCAGGUCAAUGAUUCUCAAGAGUUGGUGCUGCUGAACAAUUUUUCGCGGGAAAGUAAUGAAUAUCAAUUCAAGAAAUGUUUACAGGAAAGGAUAUCAGACAUAGUUUCCUGGCGUUGGGUUCUCGAAGAUUUGUCCAAACGUUUAGACGAGGCGAUAGGAGCACUACGUUAUGAGCACAAUGCCCUAAGAGUUGUCGUAGAAAGAGUACAGAAAGAAAUAAAUGAACAUUCGAGGGAAGCUAGUAGACCAGGUGCUCUAAAACCCUUGAGCGAUGCGGUCGAAGAAGCCAUUACGGAGGAAUUCAACUUUUUAAGGGACGAGAAAAAAAAAUUCGAAAAAAUGAUUCCAGAACUUGAGAAGCAAACCAUGAAUCUUGAGAAAACGAAGAAACGUAUAGAAGUUGAUAUGCUGAAUAAACAAGAAGCACUUUCUGUUGAAGAAUCGUGCGCUAAUAUUGACUUGAAUGAUGUCAGUAAAAUUAAUAGUCGAAAGAAAAGUAAACGAAGAUUUUCACCACUGAGUCGAUGGGAGAAUCGAUGUACCUCCUUAAAAAGAGCUGGUCUUCGAGCACUUACGAACGCCGUUAUUACAAGACAACAGGUGAGGGGAGCAAGAGUGCAUCUUUCAAUAGAAGCACAAGCGUUUGCGGCCAGAGUAGACGCAGCUCUCAGGCGGCGUUUGCAUACUAACACUAGCAAACUGCAGGAAUUGGAGUGGCAAAGAGGAGAGGCCAUAAAGGAUAUCAAAUCGUUAGAUGAAGAGAUGGUAACGGCAGAACAAAACUUAAUCGAGACCUUAGAACAAGAACAGGUGGUGGCAGCUAGGAUAACAGAUCGUACGUUAAGACCUGCCGGAGAAUUGACCAGAGAUGACGUCGACACGAAGCUAAGAGACGAGCUUUCAAGACUCAAGCAUUUUACGAAACAUUUGAGGAGUAACAUUGACAGAAUCAGUUCUUUGCAGAAACAUCUGAUGGAUUCCAUAACUCAGAUAGAUUGUUGCGCUGAAGACAUAGCGCAAGUGGUACGGUUGGAUGAAGACAGGAUACGGUCCCGGCUAGGAGACGUGAAUGGCAACUCGGAAACCUCUUAUGAUGGACCUCCAGCCGGUCCAUCAAAAUGUAGUCACACUUCAGUAGUUCCCAGCACGCAAGGAACUACCCUAACUGCCGUUAUGGAAGAAGAUGAAAAUGAGGAAUAUCCAUUUGAUGAUUAGUGAAGAAACUAUCCCAUGAAUGUAUUGUAGUAAACUUGAUAACGAUUGCCUUUAUUUAUAUAAUUACAUAAAUAAAUAUAUCAUAUUUCGAAUAUUUAGUGAU